UCACCAGGGACCCUCCCACAGAGUUCCUCCCAGAAGGGGCUGGGGGUGGUGAAGAGAGUGCUCCACAGCUGAAGAAGGACUCAAGAGCAGAGAGAGAGAGAGAGAGAGCACCAAGCACACAGCAUUCACCAGGAGAGAGAUCGUGCAGUGAGAAUCAAAAAGCCUCUAACCCCCAACCGACCCUUUCCCUUGUCUUUUUUCAGUCUCAGGAAUUCAUAGGGAGCUUGUGCCAGGAGGGGAACCCCUUCCUCCAGGAGCCACACCUGAAUACCCAGAUGAGAUUCGGAUUUGAUACCUUUGUAAAAGCUCCAAUCUCCCUGCCGAUCUGCUGGGCCCUGUCGGGAAGUCCCAACGCAGGACUAAGGACCUUCUGUAAAUCCAGACCACCUCCCUGCGUCCCAGCCUCCUGCAGCCGGAUGCCCCCAGCCUCAUCUGGAACUGUGCCCCCACCCUCAUGCUCUCCCCGGACCCAGGGCAGGCGCCCCAGCCCCAGCAGGAGAUCUGCCUUCCACUGCCCUGGGCACAGCUGCCUUCUGCGCGAUGCUCGGAUGCUCCCUCUCCCUCAAAGGCUCCUCUCACCUCUUCCUGCCCACUCACACCAGCAAGCUGUCCUCCCACCGCCUCCCUGCGUGUCUGCUCCUCAUCCUGCAGCAGAACCUCCGUGUCCAGCUGUCGGCUGGAGGUCCCUCCGCUUCCCCAGGCACCUGAACAGACCGUGGCCGCUCCUGCUCCCAGGAACCACACCCCGCUUCUGCCCCAGCCCCCUGCCUCUGCUGUGUCCCUACAGAGCUGGCUCUGCCUGAUAUGGGCCACAGUGCUGCCCAGCGUCACCCCAGGGCAAACACUGCAACCCAGGGGAAAGCGGCAGCCCUCACUCUCCCCGCUGAGUAAACCCUAUGCCACUAUUAAAGCUUAAUUGUACCUAUCAUCACGCUUUCAGAAAGCAAAUAAAUGAACCAAAAUAACUGCUUAUAUCCAUAAGUAAUCAAAAUGUAUUUAGUGCUUUAGUAAGUAGUUUGUUUUUCUCAUUUUCCUUUAAUUAGCAGAGAAAGAAUUAAAAUCAAUUCCUCAUUGAGCAGAUAAAAAAAUUAGACUCAGCUUUUACCCUUACACAUACCCAAAUUUUAAAGUACACCAGAAACACAAAUUCAUAAUUGUUUUGCAAUUUAAUAUGUAUCCAAUAUUAAACACAUUUCUAUGACAUUUAUCUUAUCUCCCUGAUCACAGCUUAAUAAAAUUAUA